AGCCCCGCACCCCACAGACCCACCCCCUGAAGGAAUAAGACCGCAUCCAGGGGGCAGUCCACCAUUCGCCCAACGAGAAGAUACACGCCACAUCCCCGUCCAGCACAUCACCGGCCAGAACGAUGCCAGCAUCGAGGAAGCCCGGAGACGCUCAUGGCGGAGCCAUUGCUACUGCCCCCUGUCCCAUCUAUGAGCCCAACAUCCCGGAGCCCCAGACUAGGGAGGAGCUCCUGAAGUACUGGAUACCACUCUCCCUGGAUGACAGGACGGCCCAGAAGCUGCUGUGGAUAUCUGACGGGGCGACCAAAGUGUCCCGCAUGUCUGAAGAUGCGUGCCCGUACCUGGACAGGCCUGAGCGCUAUGACCACUCCCCACAGGUGCUCUGCAAGGAGAAGAUGUGGGGGAGGCGGGCCUACUGGGAGGUGGGCUACACGGGCUGGGUGGUGGUGGGGGUCGUGUACGAGGGGGCACCACGCAAAUCACAGGAAGGCCCCUGUGGCAUUGGGGAGAACGAUGCCUCCUGGGGGCUGGGCUGGGCUGGCACCUGCUACCAGGCCUGGCACAACAGCGAGAACGUAGACGUCGAGGCCGAGGCGACCACGGAGCUGGGUCUCUACCUGGAUCAGCCGGCAGGCGUUCUCAGCUUCUACGCAGUGCGGAAGGAGGGCGAGGGUGUCACUGGGGCAGCUCAACUGCUGCACAGGUACAAGGUCAGCUUCAGCCAGCCCCUCCUGCCGGCAUUCUGGGUGGGGGGCAAAUCUGCCUGCUGGAUUCAGAAGAAAGCCGAGUGACAGACUGGGGCUGGUGGGGACGGGUGGACAGGGGUGGAAAAAGCCCUGAAAGAAGAGAGAGGGUGUGUCCUCAAGAAACUGUACAGCCAUCAAACAAGCUAAUUAAAGCUUAUGCUCUGAGCCCCUAA